GCUGCGCAAUGGCGAUGCUCGGACGCAAUUACGUGAGAAACAGUACCCAUGUCGCUCUCCCAACAUUUAGGCCCACUUUGAGCUUAUUUACACCUUCUAUGUUGUUGUAAAUACUUUUUAACGCAAUAAGUGUAGGAUGAGCGCAGAAGCGGCUGACCGGGUGGCCGCUGUGACGAGCAGCCGGCCCAGCACGCCGCUCCAGACUUCCUGGUUUGAAUUCCUCCUGGAUGCAUCCCUUCUGGAGAAACACCUGCAGAAGUCCAAUCCCGACCCGACGGGGGUGCAGCUCAUCAUCCAGUUCCUGGAGCAGGCGUCAAAGCCGUCUUUGAAUGAGCAGAACCAGGUGCAGCCUCCCGCUGACAACCGCAAAAACCGUACCUUGAAGCUUCUGGCGCUCAAAGUGGCGGCGUACAUGAAGUGGGAUCUGGAUGCUCUGGAGAAAGGCUUGACCAUCCCCGUGUUGAACAUGCUGCUGAACGAGCUACUGUGUGCGAGCAAAGUGCCGGCAGGCGUGAAACACGUGGACCUAGAUCUCUCAACGCUGCCGCCCACCACCGCAAUGGCCGUCUUAAUCUACAACCGCUGGGCCAUCAGAACCAUCGUGCUGAGCAGCUUUCCGGAGAAACAAAACAAACCGGGGCCGCACCAGAUGAACAUGUUGAGUGUUGUGCAGCAGGAAAAAGAGAUGACCGACAACAUCCUCAGUGUGGUGCGUAAAUGUCCAGAACAGGCCAGCGAUUCCAUCAGUGUCCUGGCGGGGGCGCUGCGUCUGAAGAAGGACUUUUACGUGCACACCAUGAGAACUCUGGACCUGCUGGCCGCCGACACGGCCGCUGCCAACGGCGAGACCGAGUCGUCCACGGCAGGCCUCCGCAUCAGCGCCAACGAGCUGCACUGCCAGGUUCACUAUGACUUGGGGGCCAUUUUCUUCCAGCAAGGAUGCACGGACCAGCCAGCCUUUGAGAAAGCCAGAGACCACUUCAGGCAGACCAAGGAACUCUUGAAGAAGCUGGACUCCACCGUGCACGUCCAUCUGGACGAGGAGCGCCUGGCCGGCUACUGGAACGCCUGCAAAGCUCUGACCGGCGACUGCGACUCGUGCGACUCUCAGACCACCCACUACGACCAGAUCAACGAACUGCUCGGUGCCCGCAGCUACCAGGCUGUGGUGGAAGCAUUUGUCAAAGACAACGUAAGCCGCGCUUUGCCCAAGCACUUUCGACGCUCCGUUCUCCGGGAGGUCUUGUAUAAGGCCCAGCAAGGGGAGCCAGGCCUGGACGAGGUGUGUCGCCAGCUGUGCGUGUGCAACGCCGUGCGCGACGCUCUGGAGGGGGAAGUGCUCGGCGUGCGCUUCCAGCAGCUGCUCAUGAAGCCCAGCAAGCGCCUGGUGGACUUUAUUUUAGAGGUGUGCACGCGGUCCUUGGAGAAAGAGCGUUCGAGCGAAGCAUCCAGAAGGAACAUGGCCACCUUCAUGCGCACCCUCUGCGAAAGCCUGGAGGAGCUCUCCCUGGUCUUCGUGGUGUCCUCUCACAAGCUCUUCACCGAGCUGCUGAAGGAGGAGGAGAGGAAGCUGCUGGUGGAGCAGAUGAGGAAGCGCUCGGCCGCCGUCAACCUCAGUGCCAAGCCGCUGCCCUCCUUCUACGACAUCCCGGCGUCGGCUAGCGUCAGCGUCGGCCAGCUGGAGCAGCAGCUCAUCCUCUCCUUGGACCCGCGGAGGAUACGGCAGAUCCUCAACGAGCUGCACGACACGGCCGACAGACCCUUCUGGAGGGUCAACAGCAAGUGGGAAGUUCCUCCGGACUACAUCAACGUGAUCCUGGCCAUCAAAGACAACCUGACCAAAGACCUGGUCUACAUCCUCAUGGCGAAAGGCCUCCACUGUGUAGCCAUUAGGGACUACGCGCACGCGCGGCAGCUGUUCUCGGCCUGCCUGGAGCUGGUGACGGAGUUCUCGCCGCGUCUGCGCCAGGUGAUGCUCAACGAGCUGCUCCUGAUGGAGGUGCGAGCCCACGAGACUGCGGCGGCCGGCGGCGGCAAGGAGAGGCCGCCCCCUGACCUCGUCAGCCGAGUGCGCGGAUACCUGGAGAUGCGCAUACGCGAUCUCCCUUUGCGGCAGGUGGUCGGCGAGGAGUGCGUGGCCUUCAUGUUGAAUUGGAGGGAGAACGACUACUUGACGCUGCAGGUGCCGCCCUCGGCUGUCGCCAACAAUCCUUACGUCAAGCUUGGCCAACUCUUGGCGUCCACGUGCAAGGAGCUGCCAGGCCCCAAAGAGAGCCGACGCACGGCCAAAGAGCUCUGGGACGCGGUCGUGCAGAUCUGCAGCGUCUCCGUCCAGCACAAGAGGAGCAACGACGGACGUGUGGCGCUCAUCAAGCAGCGGGACUCCUCCAUGGGCAUCCUGCACAGGAGUAAAUUGGUAACCUUCGUCAAGAAGAUCCGCGAGCCGUUGGUGCUGACCACCUUGAUCUCACUCUUCGUCAGGCUGCACAGCAUCGUUCGGGACGACAUUGUCAACGAAGUGACGGCUGAGCACCUCUCCAUCUGGCCGGCGUCUCUGCCCAACAUCCAAGCGGUGGAUGUGGAGGCGGUGGCCGUGACGGUGAAGGAGCUGGUGACCUACGCCCUCACGCUGAACCCCAACAACCAGUCGUGGAUCAUCACGCAGGCCGACAUCUACUUUGCAACCAAUCAGUACUCAGCCGCCCUCAACUUGUACCUCCAGGCCGGCGGCGUGGCGUCGGAUUUCUUCACCAAGGCCGUGCCGCCUGACGUCUACACGGACCAGGUUCUGAAGAGGAUGAUCAAGUGUUGCUCCAUGAUGAACUGCCACACGCAGGUGGCGGUCCUGUGCCAGUUCCUGAGAGAGGUGGACUACAUGACGGCGUUCAAAGCCCUCCAAGAGCAGAACAGCCACGACGCCAUGGACUCCUUCUACGACUACAUCUGGGACGUCACCAUCUUGGAAUACCUCACACAUAUCCACCACAAGCGAGGUGAAGGGGAAAAGAGACAAAUAGCGAUUAAAGCCAUCGGUCAGGCCGAGCUGAACACGAGCAACCCCGAGGAAGUUCUGCAGCUGGCGGCGCAGAAACGCAAGAAGAAGUUCCUGCAGGCCAUGGCGAAGCUUUAUUUCUGACUUUUUAUUGUUGCGCCUCUUGCAGGAAUCCAACGAUUAAUCGGCUGGCCGAUUUAAUCGGCGAUAUAUAAGCGCUUUUUAACUCCACCCCCAUUCAAAUAUUGAAUUAAAAAAAAUCUUGACACCUGCGGUCCAAAAAGAGCCCCGUUUCUCAGAAACAUUCUUUUAUUCCCACGUGUUUCUUUUGUUGUGUUCCAUUUGAGAAACGUGAUAUGUUUUCGCAUUUUGCGGUGAACCCGUCAAUGUUGUGUCGAGCUUAAAAAAAAAAA